AUGUCUAACCCAUCUUUGGCAUUGCUAAAAUCGAGGAUACAAUAUGAAUAUAACAUUUUAAUAACAUUAAGUGACCCACAAACAGGAAUUAGCUUAGGUCCUAUUUUUGAAAAUGUUGUAUCUCAAGAAGAUGCACCUGGAUAUCAUCAGGUAAUCCGAUAUCCUGUAUCCUUUUCCACACUAAGAGAGAAGCUUCCAAAAUAUACAAAUAUAGUCGAAUGGAUUAUUGACGUUGCUUUCCUGCCUUGGAAUGUUAAGAAAUAUUAUGAACCACAAUCGGAAUAUUAUAAAUAUGCCAAUAUUAUUGAAACCCAUCUCAGAAACGUCAUGAUGCCUCGAUUGAAAACUUACUAUCCCUUUGUCAUGUAUCCAGAUUUAGAUUCUUUAACACAGCAACAACAAGAAGAAAAAAAUAAGAAACCUUCAUCAAAUAUACAUUCAGAUAAUACUACACAGAGGUUACCCAUACUAAAACAUAGUGAUAUAGCAACUUAUAAUCAAAAUUUGAACUAUAAUAACAGUAGAAAUGCGUUAAUAACUCACAAUAAUGUAAAUGUCAUUGCUGGAAACUCAACCUUCCCUUCUGACCUGAAAUAUAAAAGAGCUACUUUAUCUCUAGGAACGAAUAAUGACCCAAUAUCUUCUCCAAAUCUUGCCAAUGAUACUACUGUUAAUAAAUCUAACGCAUCACACUCACCUACCAACUCUCUAGUUCCACAAACAGCAACUUCUCAAACAGCUGAUAACUCACUUAACACGAAUAUAGAAAAAAAUAUUAAUGAACAAAUUAAAACUUUCAUGCAUUCAAACCACCUUCAGACAAUCUCCUCACAUAUAGAUCCAUCACGUAAUACAUCGAGCAUAUCAGAUAAUAAUUUGGAUCCGUCCACUUAUUUGCCACAGUUAUUAACUAAUGACAUGCUAGAUAGAAGACCUUCGUCGAAAUUUAAAAAGAAAAUUAUUAAGCGUGGUAGACCACCUUCAAUAGACUUCCCUUAUGUUCAAAGAAUGAGAAACGUCGUAAAGAAUAUAACUAGAACUGCACUGAUUGGAGUAAAAGAAUCUGUGACGGUUGCAUUAGAAAAAUUACCCGAUAAAACAGAUCAUCCAGAAUAUUAUUCACAAAUUUCUAAUCCAAUAUCAUUUGAGGAUAUAAAAAAGAAGGUAAAAGGACGGAAAUACAAAAGUUUUGAUUCAUUUCAAUCUGAUAUCCUGUUGAUGAUAAAUAAUUUCAAAAAAUAUUUCGAAAAUGAUCCUAUUGCAAUUGAUAAAAUAAACCAAUUCCAAAAUGCUUAUAAUAGUAUAUCACAACAUGAAUUAGCAAGACCAGAUAAAGAUUACAUGCCUGAAGGUGAAUUCAAAUAUCCUCUAGAAAAUGCUUUUCUAAAUAAUACAAAAUAUAAAAUCGGUGACUGGGUGCUUAUCUCUAAUCUCAAUGAUGCAUCGAAACCUAUUAUUGGCCAAAUUUUCAAAAUAUGGAAAGAUGAGAAGGAUGAAGUUUGGUUUAAUGCAUGUUGGUACUUUAGACCUGAACAGACAGUUCACAGGGUUGAUAGACUAUUUUAUAAAAAUGAAGUUAUGAAAACUGGACAAUAUAGAGACCAUGAAUUAAGUGACUUACUUGGUCAUUGCUAUGUUGUCCAUUUUACUAGAUAUCAAAGAGGAGAUCCUGUCUUUGAGAAUAGUGCAAAUGAUGUCCCGUUGUUUGUGUGUGAAUUUCGUUAUAAUGAAAAUGAUAAAAUUUUUAAUAAAAUUAGAACAUGGAGGGCGUGUCUGCCAGAAGAAAUUCGUGACAUGGAGGAAGAAACUAAGCCAGUAUUAGGAAGGAAAUUCUUCAAAUAUGCAUCACCUUUAAAGCAUCUAUUACCACCAAAUGCUACGGCCAAUGACCCUAUUCCAGAGCCUCAGAUGGGUAAUCCUAAUGCUCCACCCCUCCUUGGUGCUGUAUACAUAGGCCCUGUAUACGCCAAGGAUGACUUAGGUGAAUUCUCCACUUCCUUAGACUGUCCAAAAUAUAUUAUUAGACCAGGCGAUCCUUAUGAAGAGGGUACUAUAGAUGAAGAACAUGGUUUAUUAACUGUAGAUCCUUCAAAAGUAUCUGCCAUAAAUCAGAGUCAACCAAAAUCAAAUUCUCCAAUUCCUCCACCUGGAGUACAACUAUCUACUCACAAUAGUAGACAACAUACACCUAAAAAUAAUGGUUCGACAUCAUCAUUGAAAUCUUUAAAGUCAGACCAUAAGGUUAAAAAAUCUUCUUCCAAGAUAUCUACUGGUUUACAGAGUCUUAAUCAGAUUGUGUCUCAAUUCAAUAAGAAAAGUUUUAAUAAAUUGAUGCAACAAAAGACAAAUUCUGCAAAUAUAAUGUUAACCAAAAGUAAUUCAAUGAAGAAAUUGACUAAUAAGACAGCACAAGAAAUGUUUUUUCAGUUUAGUACACAGAAGAAUAAUUUGAAGUCUGUACCCAUUACUUCCAAUGGUACAAAACGUGGUAAUCCAAGUCAUAAUAUUUCGAUUACUGCUACCAAUAAUAUUGGUACUAAUAUUAUUAAUAGUACCACUAAUAUUACUGGGGGCAAUACAAACAUCAACAGAAUUCACAUAAGUAAUAAUAACAACCAUAACACAGGUACUCUCCCCACCAGCAACAAUAAUAAUCACGAUAGUAUGAUGCUACCUACCAAACGUGGCCGUGUUGUACUUGAUACACCCAAUGCAUUUUUAUUCCCUAUAACAACAAAGACGAGUGGUGGACAGAUUAAAACUAAUGACGUAAAUUAUAUACAUAGUGAUAUCGAUAAGUGUGUACAGAGAGCUGAUAAGGGGAACCAAAAGAGAAGGUUAAGUAAAGAAGAAUUCAGAUCAAGAAAAAGUACAAAAUAUGGCGAAGUAAUAUGGUUCAAAGGAUCCAGUUUGUAUUUAAGUGAAAGAAUGAUCAAUCUAGGUAACAAUAAUAUUAGUGGAUCCCCAUUAGACACAUAUGCCCAUGUCUCUAAAGUAGUGAAUGCUAAUAACAACAAUAGCAAAAGUACUGAUAGCGAUGAUGUUAGGUUCAAGAAUUUGGAUUAUCAAGAAGUUAUAGAAGAAAUACCGGAACAAACUUUUGGAUUUCAAUCUGAUUUGUCAUGUAACCUAGCGUUAAAUUCAAAGUUUGAUUAUAAAAUUAUCUCAUCACCAAUUAAAAUCAACCCCGCAUAUAAAGUGAUUGAAGAUAUUAAAAAUGAAUUUCCCUCGACCUCAAUAGGGCUUCGACCAUCAAGUAGUUACAUGGCGUUCAAAUUGCAAAAAUAA